UUGGCGCCUACGGCCUCCCCCCGCCUUACGGGGACAGUGGUGGAGAUGACACCGAAAAGUUGGCACGCGCUGGGGGGCAGCGAACUGGUGCGGGCGAGUGCUCUGCCCUCUGUGGCUGCCCUCCCGGGAGCGUGUGCAGAACGGGAAGGGGGACGUGGAUGCAGACAGUAGCUGGACGUGCAGCUGCUGGCGAAGUCUGCUGCAGCAUGGACAUCCGCAACGACGUCUCCCAGCUGAGGAAGCUGGAGAACUGCACCAUCAUCGAAGGCAACCUGCAGAUCCUCCUCAUGUUCACCACCGCCGCCGAGGACUUCCGUGGCCUCAGUUUCCCCCGUCUCAUCAUGAUCACCGAGUACCUGCUCCUCUUCCGGGUCUACGGGCUAGAGAGCCUGCGUGACCUCUUUCCCAACCUGUCUGUCAUCCGGGGCACUAACCUGUUCUUCAACUAUGCCCUGGUCAUCUUCGAGAUGCCCCACCUCAGGGACAUCGGCUUGCACAGCCUGACCGAUAUCCUGCGGGGCUCGGUGCGCAUUGAACGCAACCAGGAGCUCUGCCACAUCUCCACCAUCGACUGGGGGCUGCUCCUGCUCGACUCGGUGGAGAACAACUACAUCGUGAGCAACAAGCAGGUGGAGGAGUGUGCCGACGUGUGCCCGGGCAUCCUGGACGUGGAGAAGCCCUGCGUCCAGACCAGCGUCAAUGGGCAUCUAGAGUAUCGCUGCUGGACAUCCAGCUACUGCCAGAAAGUGUGUCCCUGUGGAGACGGAAUCGCCUGCACCGCCGCCGGGGAAUGCUGCCACCCGGAGUGCCUGGGAGGCUGCAGCCGGCCGUGGGACAGCAGGGCCUGCGUGGCCUGCCGCCACUUCCACUUCAACGGGCAUUGCCUGACCUCCUGCCCGGCCCGCACCUACCGGUAUGAGGGCUGGCGCUGCGUGACGGCCGAGUACUGCGCCAGCCUGCGCAAGGUGUCCGAGAACCCCCGCGAGGCCUCGGAGUUCGUCAUCCACCACGAGGGCUGCCUGUCCGAGUGCCCCUCGGGGUACACGCGCAACGACAGCAGCAUCUUCUGCCACAAGUGCGAGGGGCUGUGCCCCAAGGAGUGCACGGUGGGCACCAAGACCAUCGACUCGACCCGUGCGGCGCAGGAGCUGGCCGGCUGCACCUACGUCGAGGGCAACCUGAUCGUUAACAUCCGCAGGGGCUAUAACCUGGUCUCGGAGUUGCAGAACAGUCUGGGACUCAUUGAGACCAUCACGGGCUUCCUGAAGAUCAAGCACUCCUUCGCCCUCGUCUCCUUGUCCUUCUUCAAGAACCUCAAGCUCAUCCGGGGGGACUCCAUGGUGGACGGGAAUUACACCCUCUACGUCCUGGACAACCAGAACCUGCAGCAGCUCUGGGACUGGAGCCACCACACGCUCUCCAUCCCCGUGGGGAAGGUGUACUUCGCGUUCAACCCCAAGCUGUGCCUGUCCGAGAUCUACCGCAUGGAGGAGGUGACGGGCACCAAGGGCCGGCAGAACAAGGCCGAGAUCAAUCCUCGCACCAACGGGGACAGAGCCUCCUGCAAGACCCAGACUCUGCGCUUCGUUUCCAACAUCACCGAGUCCGACCGCAUCUUCCUGAAGUGGGAGCGCUACCGGCCCCCCGAGUACCGUGAUCUGCUCAGCUUCAUCGUCUACUACAAGGAAUCGCCCUUUCAGAACGUGACCGAGUACGUGGGGCAGGAUGCCUGUGGGGCCAACAGCUGGAACGUGGUAGACGUGGAGCUGCCACUGAACAACGACCAGGAUCCGGGGGUGGCCCUGCUGAACCUCAAGCCCUGGACCCAGUAUGCCAUCUUCGUCCGCGCCAUCACCCUGACCACGGCCGAGGAGGGGCGCAACUACGGGGCGCAGAGCGAGGUGGUGUACGUCCGCACCAUGCCGGCAGCCCCCACAGUGCCCCGGGACGUCCUCUCCAUGUCGAACUCCUCCUCCCACAUCAUUGUGCGCUGGAAACCGCCCAGCCAGCGCAAUGGGAACAUCACCUACUACCUGGUGCUGUGGCAGCAGCUGGCCGAGGACCUGGAGCUCUACGUCAAUGACUAUUGCCACAAAGGCCUUAAGCUGCCCACCAGCAGUGCGGACACCCGCUUCAACGUGGACGACAGCGGGGGCCCCGAGCUGGAGCAGGACACGGAGGAGCGGUGCUGCCCGUGCCACCGGGACGGCGGGCAGCUGCAGAUGGAGGGUGAGGCUGUCUCCUUCCAGAAGAAGUUUGAGAACUUCCUACACAAUUCCAUCAUCAUCCCCAGACCGCCUUGGAAAGUGACGUCUGUCAGAAAGAACCCGCAGAGGACUCGGAAGAGGCGCAGACACAUCUCGGCCAUGACCAGCUCUGGCCACCCCCUCUCCAAUGUCUCCUCUCUGGAGACCCCAGGGAAACCGCCCUCCCUGAACCUAACAGGCGCUGCCCCCAAAGCCCAAACAGAUUUCCGGAUCUUUGAGGACAAAGUGGUGCGGGACCGGACCGUCAUCUCCCAGCUGCGCCACUUCACCGAGUACCGCAUCGACAUCCACGCCUGCAACCACGCCGCCCACACCGUGGGCUGCAGCGCGGCCACCUUUGUCUUUGCCCGGACUAUGCCUGAGCUGGAAGCGGAUAACAUCCCUGGCAACGUCACCUGGGAGCCGGCCAGCAAGAAUAGCAUCCUGCUGCGCUGGGAGGAACCCAAGAACCCCAACGGGCUCAUCCUCAAAUACGAGAUCAAGUACAGCCGGGAAAACGAGGAGGUCACCACUGUGGUGUGUGUCUCUCGCCACCGCUACGCCAGAUACGGGGGUGUCCACCUUGCCCUUCUGCAGCCGGGGAAUUACUCUGCCAAGGUCCGGGCCACCUCGCUGGCCGGGAAUGGGUCGUGGACUGGACUCAUCAAAUUUUACAUCCUUGGCCCGGCCGAGGAGGAGUCUGGCGGCUUCUACGUGCUGCUGACCGUCAUGCCCAUUGUCCUCAUGGUGGUGAUCACCUGCCUGGUUGUCUUUGUCUUCUUCUACUAUAAGAGAAGGAACGACGACGGAUACCCGAGCGGCACGCUUUAUGCUUCGGUCAAUCCGGAAUACUUCAGCACCUCGGACAUGUACAUCCCGGAUGAGUGGGAGGUGUCGCGGGAUAAGAUCACGGUGAUCCGGGAGCUGGGGCAGGGAUCCUUUGGGAUGGUCUACGAAGGGAUCGCCCAGGGCAUCGAAAAAGAGGACGAGGAGACGAAGGUGGCCUUGAAGACCGUCAACGAGCUGGCCACCAUGAGGGAGCGGAUUGAAUUCCUGAACGAGGCCUCGGUCAUGAAGGCGUUUAAGUGUCACCACGUGGUCCGUCUCCUGGGCGUGGUGUCCCAGGGCCAGCCAGCCCUGGUCAUUAUGGAGCUGAUGACCCGAGGGGACUUGAAGAGUUACCUCCGCUCUCUCAGACCGGACGCAGAGAACAACCCUGGCCUGCCGCCCCCGUCACUCAAGGACAUGAUCCAGAUGGCAGGGGAAAUCGCCGACGGCAUGGCCUACCUCAACGCCAAGAAAUUUGUGCACCGGGACCUUGCCGCCCGCAACUGCAUGGUGUCGGAGGACUUCACGGUGAAGAUUGGAGAUUUUGGCAUGACCAGAGACAUCUACGAGACGGAUUAUUACCGGAAAGGUGGCAAGGGGCUGCUUCCUGUCCGCUGGAUGUCCCCGGAAGCCCUGAAGGACGGGAUCUUCAACACCCACUCCGACGUCUGGUCAUUUGGGGUGGUGCUCUGGGAGAUCGCCACGCUGGCCGAGCAGCCCUACCAGGGCUUGUCCAACGAGCAGGUGCUGCGCUUUGUGAUGGACAAUGGCAUCCUGGAGAGGCCUGAGAACUGCCCGGAGAAACUCCACGAGCUGAUGAGCUGGUGCUGGCAGCAGAACCCCCGCCAGCGCCCCAGCUUCACCCAGCUGCUGGAGAGCAUCAAGGACGACAUGGACGCCAGCUUCCGCACCCUCUCCUUCUUCUACAGCGCCGAGAACAAGCGCCGGGGCUCCUGCGAGCCCUCCGAUGUGGAGACGGACAACCUGCUGGAGGAGGAGCCGCCCACCGCCCUGGCUGCCCUGCGCCUCCCCCUUGCCACCAACGGCCGCCCUGGGCCCGCCGUCGCCCCACAGAGAGACCAGAGCUAUCCCAGGAACUGCUGUCACUUGAAUGGGGCACCGCACCUCUGAGAGCUGGGGAGCUCCCGCCCGCGGCGGCUUCCAAAGCCUUCAUUGCAAAGAAGACCCCGUAGCCAUUAUCUGUUCCAUAAGGACCCUGCAAUGGAUUGUCUGGUUCCGCCCCUGACCUCCCUGUAGGUCCAGAUUCCCAGGGAUCCCCAGCACGGACACCACUUCCACUCAUCGCAGCACUGGGAUUGGAUCUGAUCCGCGGGAGCAGCUGGUUUUCAUCCCUUCUGGCAGGGGAAAGGCCCCAACGGCACCCUACGAGUCCCUUUGGGUCCCCUGCCUCCUGGGUGCCAGGGCUUCUAGCAGGCUUUGAGCGGGGCAGCAGGGCGAGAAGCUGAUUAACCGUUUGGGGGAGAUGGUGACUUGGCUUUUGAAUUGCAGCAGAAAGUGUCUGGGCAACGGGGAAACGUGGGGCGAGCACAGAGCCCGCUCCGGCAGUGACGCUUCCGAGGUGUGUGCGGGGGGACGGACGCCUAAACCGGACACUCCUGUCGCUGGUGGCAAAGCCAUUGGGACGAGCAAUGUACCGAGCCAGCUCCUUGGCUAGAAAACAAUGUCCCACUUCUUUGGGCCCGGACAGCAGAGGGCUGGGCAGUUCCCUGGACACGGGUCUUUUCCCCUUUGGUGGGAAAUGCAGGCGAGCGGCUGCUCCUGUGGGGUGUGGGGGGAGGGGAGGGGGACCCUCACCUCUUGCCCUGUGUUUUUUUCUCUUGGUUCUCAUUUGAGUUGUUUGGGGGGGGGUGCUGAAGGCACUUUGGGAUGUUUUUCCUCUCCCGGCCAAGGCACAGACAGAGCCUUUGCGGGGUGGAAUCGUCAGUGCCCCGCUGAACUCGGCAGUUCCAGCUGGAGGGUGUGAUGUGGGGCGCUCCACAUCUGCUGGGAGCGACGGCCUCCGGCUCAGAGCGGGCAAUGGCCGGAGGUGGAUCUCUGAGGCUGUGCGGGCUGCCAUGCUCAGACACUACCGAUGCUUCCAGCCCCCGGGAUGCACACACCGCUCCAGACCUCAGCUGGCGUAACCGGACGCAGCUCCGUUGCCUUCGGGGCAGCCGCGGCAUUUUCCACUGGCUGGGAGGGCACCCAACAGUGACCUGUUUGCUGUCGAAUCCCUCCUCCCUUUUUGCCAGGGAAGGAGAAGUUGCAUCUUCUGGCUCCCAAGGACGCACGUUCGUUCUCCAGGCCGGUCCUAGAUGUGGGUUGGAGGCAACUCUCAGUCUCAUCCCGAGGUCUCUUUCUAGAGCCCACCUCGGGACAGUCUGCGCUGCAGCCAAGCUCUAGGGAAUGUCAGUAGCUGCUGGCUCCUCCAGAUAGGGAUCUGCACGGACAGCAGUGUGGCAUUGUCCUCUGGGCCGAUGGGGGUCGGCAGGCAGAAGGGCUGAAAGCCUCCGGAUGUUAUUAUUUAUUGUCUGUGCUAGGUGCUGCACAAACACCAAAAAGAUGGUCCCUGCCCCCCGAAGUGGCCAAUCUAAGGGCAAUUUAGAUGGCUCGGGAAAAUUUUUCCUCUCCAGGCUGCCGAUGAGGGGUAACAUCUUCCCAGUCCUGCUGAGUGGUUUCCCCUUGGAGGCCGGUGGUGCAGAGACUUUAAGGAUGGGAAGGGAAAGACCCCUUGGACCACCUAGUGCAAAGCAAUUCCUCUCCCUCCUUGUGCAAUCCUUGUGUUUGGUUUCUGGAGGUCACCCCUACCACCACCCAGCUCCGCGGGAGUUUUGCCUGUGGGAUGGCUGGGAGGACUAACCCUUGAGUUUCAGACGUUCAAGUCCUUCGUUCCUCUGACCUCGCCCCGCAUAACCUAUCUCACCAGCCCUUAGGUGUCUCUCGCUUUUCACCAAGCUCCCUCUACACGCCUUGACAUCUUUUUUGUAUCAAGGAGAUGCAAACUCGGCAUCUUGUCCUGACUGGCUUCCUACCAGUCCCAGGUAAUUGGGGCUCUGUUCCCCUGGGGACAUCAGUGAGGGCUUUGCAAGGGACAUCGGCAGUAUCAUUCCUGAUUUCAGCAUGAGUCCUAUGAGAUUUGAUGUUUCUCCUAAAGCUCCAGCUGCUGGAGUCAUGUGAUGAUGUGAGAAUCUCAGGUUUAAUUUUUUUUAAAGAGAAGUUUCUGUCUCCCGUGGUUGUGAAGAAUAUCUUGGAAACUUGACCCCCAAAGGCUCAGAAAGCGAACGGCAAAGAAAAAGAACCCAAGGCUGAUUUUUAAAAAAAAUCUCAUGAUUCACAAACCAGUCUCAGGAUUUUUUGGGGCCUCCCUCAUGCUGUCUGAACUCCUGAAGUGGGAAUGUUCUGCCACAGGGCUGGGAAAUUGGAUGCUCAUUUUGCCAUGAAAACUUCACUGCUGAGAAGUUUGAGGCUUCUCCAGCCAUUGUAUUUCAUGCCAUGAAAGUGUUUGUUAAUGGCAGAGCCUUCAUCCACAGCACCCCCUGUUCCUGAAUAAACUCUGCUCCCUCUGCUCCACCACCCUCUUUCAGAUCCCUGGCAGGAGAUCUGCGAGGACAGAGUUUUACUGAUUUUUUUUUUAAACGUACAAAGGUGAUUUUUUUUUUUGGAGGGAAAGGAAAAAGAAGAAAAUGGAAGGCUUUAAAACUGUGCUGGGGUAACGUGGCUGUAGGCAGAAAAGCCCCAGCCGAAGCUGGAGCGAAAGCAGGAUUAGUCUGGUGAAGUUUUAAAGCCGAGAGGUUGUGGAACUCCAAACAUCUCCCUAGCCCUGUUCAUCAGUAGAUCUCAAAGCUCUUUACAAAGGAGGGCAGUGUCACUAUCCCCAUUGCACAGAUAGGGAAACUGAGGCACAGAGAGAGACCAUGACUUGCCAAUGGUCACCCAGCAGAGCCAGGAAUUGAGCCCUGAUCUCCUGCCCUCCGGCCAGUGCUCUGUCCACCUGGCCGCACUGCUUAAAACCUUCACACUCUGGACCAAGCCAUGUUCUCAGUGACACACCUGCAAACUCAGUGACUUCGGUGGGCGUGGUCACAACAUGUUUUGUGCGUUAUUUGUCGGAGCUGGUUUCUACAAGGGACUUCGGAGAAGUCGGCUUCAGCAACUGCACAGAGAAGUACAAAUAA